UACGCACAGCUUACAACAACAGAGCAUAGCAGAUGCACCUCCUGUGCCUGACAAAAACACCGCUCCCAGUACAAAUAACAAUCUUCCCCCAACCAAGAAAAGUCGUCCUCCCCGUCCCAUGUGCAAAAAUGAUGUGAUAGAGUGGUUCAAGAAUGUUGAAAGGAUUAAAGGUUCGGGCAUUGAUCCUUUAACAGGGAAAACAGCAGAGUGGUUUCAUGGUGUAAUAUCAAGGCAGGAUGCGGAGGACUUGCUAAGAGGACAAAAAGUUGGAACCUACCUAGUACGAGUCAGUGAAAAAGUCUGGGGCUACACUAUUUCAUACAAAGCAAUUGAGAGAUGUAAACAUUUCCUUAUAGACACUUUGAAUGAUGGGACAUACCAGUUUUUUGGCAGCAAUCAAUUAGUUCAUAAAAAUUUAGCAGAUAUGAUAGAGUUCCAUAAGACAAAACCUAUAUCUGGCAUAGGAAAAGAGCUGUUACUCCAUCCAUGCAAACAGAAAAGUGAUCCCCCAGACUAUGCAGAGCUGUUUCAAGAAGAGGACAGGAUAACAACUUUCUUAUGAAAACAGUUAUCAAAUGAUUUUCAUACUUAUACAUACAUAACUGUACACUCUGUUGUUGAAGUGUUGCUCACAUUUAGUCUGAUACUCAAACUAGAAAAUUGCUUAUGAAGUUUGGCUGGAAAGAAAUUUUAAACAGAUUUUGACAAACUCAGAAUAAGAAUAGACCCUUCAGAUUUGUGGAAAAUAUGGAAAUAUGCCAUUAAAAACGCAUUUGAUCAGUUGAUUGCAGGGUAGAAGGACAUUAUUUUGGAGUUUUUUCUAACAUUUUACUGGUUCCUUGAAAUUAUAAAAAAACAUGGUCAUUGGAAUACCUUCCUUUGGUAAAAUUCAAAAUGUCAUUAAUUCUGAAUGUUUAAGUUUUGUAAAGGGCGAAGUUUACAUUUUGCUAGAGUUAGUAUUGAGAAGUCUUAUUUAAUGUACUGUAUAUAUUUUAUAUAGUGUCUAUUCAUGUCCUAUUUCAAAUAUAUGCCUUGGAAGUUUUCAUAUUACUGAAGUAUAAUGAGUGAUGAGUAUUACUCAUUGACCACACUUUCUGUAGAAAUCUUCAAAAUGUCUCUUUAAACCCUCUGGGUUUAGAUCUGUAUUUAAUGUAAAGUAAACAGCUGAUAAUUACAACUGCUUAAUUUAUUAAUCAUAUAAUAUGUUUGACAUUAGAACAUGUAUCAAAAGAUUUCUCAUUGCGUACAAAAGUUAGGUCUAAGUACUUAUUGAUAUUUCUAAUUCAAGUUCUGUAGUGUACUGUUUUACUUAUUUUACAUGACUAUUGGAGUAUGUUAGGCAUGCUUAUUUAACUAAUAGACAUGUGGAAGUUUUUUCCUGUCCAUUAUUGAUAGUAAUUUAAAGAAAGGUCAGGUGAAUCUGAAAUCUUCUAUAAGUUCAAAACCUUACACUUGUUGACAGGUAAUUUCAGAUUGGAUGCCUACCAGGUAAUAUUGUAUUUCUUUUUGUAAUUUUGCAAGAUUUUCAGUUAUAGCAGUUAUUUGUGGUUAGAUAUGUAGUAAUUUAAAUCAUUCAUAUUAGUAAGAUUUGUCACACAGGCAUUCAGGAAUGAGUUAUAUAUGUUUAAGGUUAUUCAUGUUCAGUUUGAUAUAAUUUGCCUUAGCUGAUUUUGUAAACAAUUUCCAUGACAACCACCCUGGUUUCUUAUCAGAUUGAUGGGCUACUUGCCUUCAGAGUUACUAGCCUUUAUGUGCAUUGACAAAAUGAAGUGCAUUGGGGCAUAUUGAUAUGUACAAAGAAAUAACUGUGCAAUUGAAAUACCCAUGUUUAAAUGAGGUAUUUUCUAAUCAAAGUAAUCAAAAGGGCAGUGGAUGUCUGCUUUCAGAAACCAACUGAUGGCAAAUAAAAUGAUCUGAUGAUGAAGCAAUUUAGCAAUAUUAUGUUGCAAUUUACUUCAUAUAGAGUACAACUUGUUAUAUUGGCAGUUACUGUGCAGGCCUUACAAGGACAAUACCAAGUGCUUUAAGGUCCUGUAUCAGGUUUUCACCCCCUUCCCCAGUUAUUUCCAGUAGAUAACUUUUGUUUAUUUGUAAUGAAACAAUUUUUUUGUUUUUGAAGUUCAAAAGAUUUUAAGUCUACCAUCAGGGAUUUUUCUUAAAUUGCUUUUCUCCUGAAGUGGCAAUUAUGUUGUGCUUGUGUAAAUAAUCGAAGUUAUAUUUGUAAUAAACUUUUUUUAUGAUAUAAAAAGUUUAAGAAAUAGCAUCUUCAAGUGAGAUAAGUGUAGAAGGAUGUCAUACGUAUCUGUAUAUUUUGCUGCUGCUGUAUAUUUUAAGAUGCUUGAAAUGAUAUUUUGCAAGGGAGUUUCUACCGUCAUUCAUAUGUCUGUGAAACAACACACAAUCCCAACAGUUCAGUGUAAGAAAAAUGCUCAGCAUUUAAAGAUCAUGGUUAUUUGUACAUGCUGUAUAAUUGAGUCUAUGAGUCUGCUUUCAGGUUAUCGAACAUUUGUAAUAUAGGUAUUAAAAGAAAUAGACCAGAGUUAAAACUAAUAAUUGUUAAUAGUACAAAAUUCCUUUUUUGUGUAAUUACAAGUUCUGUAGUCUUAAGACUUAGACCCCAUUCCCACAUAUUUUAGAUUGAUCUAUCCCUGUGUGGAGUCUCACUAGAUUACUGUCAGCUUAG